AUGAACUGGAAGCUCCGAGUUCUUCUGGAUGCGGUCGUCUUGUUGCUGCUGCUAGCACUCGAUGCCCGGGAUCUAUGGUUCAAGACGCGUUGGCUCGGACCCAACGAUGCCUUCGCUUUCACGACCAAGAAUUCCGUCCUAUUGCUGGAUCCGCAUCCAGCGGAUGAAAAGCGUUCGAGUGAAAGCUUAACCGGAUGGCGUGUCUUUCAUGACACUUGCAGUGAACUUCGAGCUCUUACUGGGAAUAUCAAGAGCGGUAACAUUCAUUCUCACUACCUUCACGUCCUGGCAGCCAAUUGUUCGGCCCCCGACGGGUUAACCGAAGAGAUGGCACCUCAGCUCUCUCCGAUGGUUCUCACCAGUGAUAUCCGCGUUGAUGCCAUGGCCUGGGCAGCGUGUAAAUUACUGUACGUAUCACGACGGCCGCCGCUGUGCCAGGAUGCGAUGGUCACGAGCUUCUUGCAUAAGUAUCGGCUCGGAUCACCUCAAGUGAGUAGCGCUAUGAUGGCCCCGCCAAUGUCCGGGGCUGAGCGUGAACUACGAGCUCUUCUUGAUUUAAUCGGCAAGAGCGUCCCGCUUAGCAGAGUGGUUUGCGUUGGAGGAGUUGAGAUCGACCAGCAGCCAGAACAGGAGUCUUUGAGGUGGAUCUUUGGCUGUGCUAGUCCGGAUGUUCCAGGCAAAAGUGCAGCCUUUGUCGGACACGUCGCGACGGGUUUCGCUGCGUUACAAACCGACAAGGCCCGACUUACAGCGGACGAAGUCGACGUGCUGGGCAUGCGCUUCAUUUUCCGUCAGAAUGCGGUCCGAAGCUAUAAGUAUCUACCCUCCUCUUCGGGCGUUCGAGGUCGACUAGAGGUGUCCACAGCGUUGAACUUGAGCUGUUCCGGAUUCCUCUACAAUGUGAUGAUUCUAGUCGAUGUG